CAGGGCCAGUCGAAGACAAAGCCCAUUAAGUAUCAAGCCUUUCUAUAUGUGAUGCAAAUAUCCCACUUUCCAUUUUGGAGUUUUUAGCGAGAUGGAUUAAUAUCUGAUUUAUUGAUAGCACCUUCAGAAAUUUCUGUAGUCUGCCGAAAACCAAAUUAUAUUUGGUUCCAUUUUCUCGUCCUCCCAACGACCACUCGUACAGUGUCUUGGUCUGAACAAUAAUGGUAAAGGAAGGUCCCAACUGGGAUGGCCUGCUCAAGUGGAGCCUUUCUCACUCCGAUGGCACCAAUACUUCUCGUACUUUAAGUGAGGAGGAUAGGAGAUGGUUCAUGGAGGCUGUGCAAGCUCAGUCAGUGGACAUUAUUGGUCGAAUGAAGGAGAUAACACUUGUUAUGCAGGCUCCAGAGCAUGUUUUGGAGUCUCAGGGGGUUACACCUCAAGAUAUUGAAGGUUUGUUAGAUGAGCUGCAGGAGCACGUGGAGUCUAUUGACAUGGCCAAUGAUCUUAAGUCUAUUGGUGGGCUGGAACCUCUCAUCAACCACUUGAAGAAUUCACAUUCUAAUAUCAGAGCAAAGGCUGCUGAAGUUGUCAGCACAAUAGUUCAGAACAACCCAACGAGUCAAAAGUCAGUGAUGGAUUCUAAUGGCCUUGAACCGCUUUUGUCGAACUUUAUUGCUGAUCCUGAUGUUUUAGUUCGUACCAAAGCACUCGGUGCAAUCUCAUCCUUGAUCAGACACAACAAGCCUGGAAUUUCCGCGUUUCGCCUGGCCAAUGGUUAUGCAGCUCUAAGGGAUGCUUUGGGUUCUGAGAGUGUGAGAUUUCAGAGGAAAGCCCUAAAUUUGAUCCAUUAUUUACUCCAAGAAAACCACUUGGACCGGGCUAUAGCCACCGAGCUCGGGUUCUCUCGCAUUUUUAUGCACCUCGCCUCAAGCCAAGACAUCGAAGUACGUGAAGGUGCACUCAGCGGACUUCUUGAGCUAGCCCGAGCUGAAUCGAGCCGGCCCAACAACAUUUCAUGCGAUGAAAACGAGAAAUUGAAGGAAAUUUUGCAAGAAAGGAUUAGAGGAAUAAGCGAAAUGUCCAUUGACGACCUUGGGGCUGCUAAAGAAGAAAGGCAUCUAGUGGACUCUCUUUGGAAGACAUGCUUUAAUGAACCGUCUAGUCUUGGAGAGAUGGGUCUACUCUAUCUCCCAGGAGAAGAUGGGCCUCCCCCGGAUGUCGUGGGCCAGCUUUUUCAACAGCCUUUGAGGGCUUGGGCCGCUAAUCGGGAUCCAAAUGGAAACUCGAGUGGCGGGGAGAAUAAGCCCGUGUUGCUCUUGGGCCUUGGGCCCUCGUCCGGGACUUGAGAUGACGUGGAAUGCGACUCAGUUUGUUUCUGUAAGGACAUUUUCAUUGCAUUUUGUGAGACCAUAUGUUGUUGUUUAGUAAAUUUAACUACAAAGUUCCAAAGUUUUUAAACCACAAAAGGUUGUGUUCGGUAAGCAUAUAAGAUAUCUUAUAGCUUAUUUGAUUAGAUUAUCCUGUAUUCAAAUAAGUUUGGUUUGAAGUUCGAGCUUAUUUCAUAAGCUUCAUUGGAUAGUUUUUAAAUAAGCUUAUUGAAAUUUUUAUUUUAACUAGC